CAACCUUACUCCUGUAGCUUUCGAAGUUUACACUUGUAUAUGUGUAAAUGCGUUUCUUUAGGCUAGGCUACAUCUAGCGACAAUGUGACAAAGUAAACUAAUAGGUAUUGAAGGUAAAAAAAAACUGAUGGAAUCGAGCAAAUACCUAAAACUGGCCUGGACACUAAGUUCAUUUACAACAAUAUGGGUGUUAUUUUGAGCGAGCAAAGUAUUCGAGAAAUAGCACAAGUCCAACGGUUUAUCCUAGACGUAGUAUGAACCAACAUUCAAAAUUUGGAGAUCCCAGAACUCUUUGCAGUAAUUUUGAGGGCACCAGUUUCUCAAGGUUAGUGCUUAUCGUCUCAACACUUGCCCGUCAACAUGCAGGGUGUCAAAUUCCUCGUCCUCCUGGUGGCUGUCAGCUCAGCCUCAGCCUGCAAGUACUUCUGCCGCAAACCAGGCACUUUCGAAUAUGAGUGCUGCGACAACGGAAAUCCUUAUUACACCCCUGAUGAACCUGUAACUGAUGAUGUGGAGGAAAAGGAAACUGUUGUGAUAGAAGCAGAUCCCGCUCCAGCUCCAGCAAAGGAACAAGCUGUAGUGGCAGAGACUUGUACCUACUGGUGUCUAGUUCCCAACUCAUCUGAUUACGUUUGCUGUGACGAUGGUAAUUCUUUCAUUGACGAGGCUGCUACAGAAGUCGUUCCUGAGAGUGAAAAGAAAUUCGUCACAUUCCCACCCUCAAACUGUUACUAUUACUGUGCUUAUGAUGGGAAGGUCUACUGCUGUGGCGAUGUCUCCCAACCUAUCCCUGAAAGCCACGCCAACCAUGACGGUCAAUGCCCAACAGAGGAAGAGCAGACUUGCAAAUCCACUGGUGUCUACCUUAUUUCCAAGAAGUACAACGCUAAGACUAGCGGUGCCAUCCGCUUAGCUUCUGGCCCAGCCAAGGAACAGCUGACCUGUGCCUCUGACGGGUACUGCCAAGAAGAUGAGAAGUGCUGCCCAAGCCACUGCGCCCGCAAGCACAUCUGCUUGAAAGCUCUUCCCGAAGAUGAUCUGGAGUAAGUCUUACAGCAGCCUCCAAGCACAAAGGAAAGGACGAUGGAAAACGAGAAGGUAAAGGGAGGUGCUUGAUAUGAGGAAAAACCCUUGGAGGAAGAAGCAAGGACUCAAGAAACUGGGGAAGUAACAAUGAAGAAGGAGGGGGAUGCAAAAGGAAACCGCUUAUCAAGAUACAUUAUUCAUCCUUGUCAGUUACCAUAUAUUUCAAAGUUUCGUUUUCAUUCAAAUCGGCCAAGAUCGCUAGAUAAUCAGAUAAAGUACAAAUCUCUUCAAGCACAAGGAGGGUAGUGUCCCUGCUAAAAGGAAUAGUAAUUUUGUCUCAUUGCUUUCAAUACAUUUCCAAGUUGUUUUUGCUAGCAGAUCAUAACUACCAAAGAUUUUUUUUAAAUGUUUAUUCUCCAGACAGUACAAUAAACCCCUCUUCAUAAAUCUCUAUUUUCUUUUGAAAGCUCAUGUUUGUGUCCCAUACCAACAGAUGGAGGUGACGUUGAGGAAUCGUGUAUGUGUGUGUGUUUAGUGCUUUGCCUGUUUUUGCUUGUUAGUGAUCCUUAAUUUAUAAAUUAUUAUAUUUUCUGUUAUGCUUUUUGAAUUUUUAAUAUCAUAAUACCAUGUAACAUCACUGCAUCGAUUUGAUGUGUGUGGUAGAAAUAUUAACUUGAUUAGAUGGCGCAUAUUUAUUCCUCUCACAAAUGCAUUUAAUGUAGUCUUUCUAUAAAUUCUAAAAUGUAGUUACAAAACUGUAAUACAUAAAGAUUGAAAAAGUUA